CCAAUGUUUUGAUUUUUGAUGUCUACAUCAAAAUCUGAUAAGAACUUAAUAAAAAUACAAAAGGAUACCAUCAUUAGCCACAUCAAAUUAUUCAAUACAGCAUAGAUUAAUUCCCUCUUGGAGUUUUAUUUCUUGGGUUGAUAUUUUUUAAGUAUUUCAACAUCCAUUUGACAACUACAUAUAAUUCAAAUAUCAAUCCAAUUCUUUGACUUUUAUGCACCAGCAUUAAAAUAAGUCGCAGCAAGUCUGCUGACAUUCAUUGGUUGGAAGCUUGGGAUAUGAUUUUUAAAAAUAAAACCAAUGAAUCUUGGGAUAUGAUAUUUUUUUAAGAAAGGAAAAUUUUGUACUUUGGACUAAUAUGGCUAGGAGAUUUUUCUGGUUAUAUGUGUGCCAUUAUAUAUAUCAUCCUUGUUUUUCUUCCUUCAAACUUCACUUAGAGGCCAAACUUAAUCUUAUGCUUAUCUUGCUUUGCCAAAAGAAGCUGAAGGAUUUUGCUUCAGGAACGCGGGAUCAUUCUUUGGUGUUAGUUGUUGAAAAAUAUAAUCUCUUGCUUCUAACAACAAAAAUUUUGAAUCAGAAAAAGACCAGAUAGAUUAAAAAAAGGACAGCAUGGGCAACUUGUUGUGCUGUAUUCAAGUUGAACAAUCAACAGUUGCUAUUAAGGAAAGAUUUGGAAAGUUUGAUGAAGUUCUUCAACCAGGAUGCCAUUGUUUACCUUGGUGUCUUGGAAGCCAACUUUCCGGCCAUCUCACACUCCGGUUACAGCAGCUAGAUGUGCGUUGUGAGACCAAGACAAAGGACAAUGUUUUUGUUAACGUUGUUGCAUCUGUACAAUAUCGUGCCCUGGCAGAGAAGGCGAAUGAUGCUUUCUACAAACUUAGCAAUCCCAGGACACAAAUUCAAGCCUAUGUUUUUGAUGUUAUCAGAGCAAGUGUUCCAAAGCUGGAUUUGGAUGAUGCUUUUGAGCAAAAGAAUGAUAUUGCUAAAGCUGUUGAAGAUGAGCUUGAAAAGGCUAUGUCUGCUUAUGGAUAUGAGAUUGUCCAGACCCUCAUUGUUGAUAUAGAACCAGAUGAACAUGUGAAAAGGGCCAUGAAUGAAAUUAAUGCUGCUGCAAGAAUGAGAGUUGCAGCAAAUGAGAAAGCAGAGGCUGAGAAGAUUAUACAGAUUAAAAGGGCAGAGGGAGAGGCAGAAUCCAAAUAUCUCUCAGGAGUUGGAAUUGCCAGGCAGCGCCAGGCAAUUGUUGAUGGUCUAAGAGACAGUGUGCUUGGCUUCUCAGUCAAUGUGCCCGGGACGACUGCUAAGGAUGUUUUAGACAUGGUCCUUAUUACGCAGUAUUUUGAUACGAUGAAGGAAAUUGGUGCCGCCGCCAAAUCCUCAUCAGUUUUUAUCCCUCAUGGACCUGGUGCAGUUAGAGACAUUGCAACCCAGAUACGAGAUGGGUUGCUUCAGGCGUCUCAACAUUAGGAAUGAGAGCCCUUCAAUGGCUGAGUUUUACAGGCUGGUGUUAUGUUAAAAUUCUGCCAUUUAACUGAUACGGCUAGCUUUGCUGGUGUGAUCGUUUGGUGUAUGACUGAAAUCUGUUCCCAGUCCCUCUUCUGAAAUAUGAAUGUAAUUUGCUAUAGUAAAAUUAAUGAAGGGGUAGAUUUUACUUUUUCU